AUGGGGUUACACACCUGUUUCUCAGCUCCCUACGACAGUCAGCGAGCUCCCAUAGUGACUGGUAUUUCUCCUAGUGCUUCUCCUAGUGUUUCUCCUAGUGCUUCUCCUAGUGUUUCUCCUAGUGCUUCUCCUAGUGUUUCUCCUAGUGUUUCUCCUAGUGCUUCUCCUAGUGUUUCUCCUAGUGCUUCUCCUAGUGCUUCUCCUAGCUUCUCCUAUGUUUCUCCUAGUGUUUCUCCUUCUCCUAGUGCUUCUCCUAGUGUUUCUCCUUGUGCUUCUCCUAGUGCUUCUCCUAGUGUUUCUCCUAGUGUUUCUCCUAGUGUUUCUCCUAGUGUUUCUCCUAGUGUUUCUCCUAGUGUUUCUCCUAGUGUUUCUCCUAGUGCUUCCUCCCCCUUGUCACCAACAGCCUUUUGUGGUGGUGCCUAG